AUGCGACUGUUGCAGCCCGUGCUGACGCAAACGAACCAUCCGGAUGCGUGCGCUCAGGUCUGUCUUGCGUUGUCCGAGGUGUGGGUCGGGCUGGACCUUCUCGCCGAAUCCCACGCAAUCCAACAGAAAGCCAAGCUGCCGUCGCCACCACCCAUCGUCGGGUCUGGCGGAGAGUCAGCCGAAGACCCAAGCGGCGUGCUGCAGGACCUGCUCUACGCCUCCAUCUCCUUGGGCGACCGCGUCCGACAGCGAGAGGCCAGGGAAUGGGCGCUGGCCAGCGAGCAGCCACUACCACUCGAAACCCAGUGUGGCGAUAUGCACAGGCUCGAACAAGCGGGGAUCGACCACGAAGCCUUGCUCGAACAGCAUCGCCACCUACGCGACCUCUACAACCACGCACUCGCCCAGUCCAUCCUCUGA